UGAUCUAACCUGCUCUCAAAGAAAGCUUGUUUCACAGUGGAAGCAGGUUGUCUCUGACAUAAAGAGAUGAAACGAGAACGUUUUAAGCCCCCGGAACCAGAUGACCCUCUGUGCUGCUGUGGAGACAUCGACCAGCAAAGAGAGUACUGCUGCUGUGACUGUGAAGAACUUGAUGAUGCCUGUGAAAGGUUAAUCAGAGGAGAGCAAGACAAGCCAGACAUCUUCUCUCGUUUCAUCUCUUGCAUGGCUGAUCGUUUGGGUUUGCCAUGUUGUGCCAUAGGACCCCUUCGAUUGGAAAUCUCUGUCUUACCUCCCAUGGUAUUAAUUCCUGGCCUGUUGCGAGUAGCAGCAAUUAACUGUAUGUUGGGAGUUGUAGUCCUAACUGUCCUACCAGGACUGGUGCUUUGGUAUUACUAUGUGACUCACAGAAAGAAAAGACGCACAUUAUUUUUCCUUAGCUUGGCACUUUUCUCCCUUGCCUACAUGUACUACCUUUUCCUCACUGAGAUCCUUCCCAGAGGAGAUGUGAAUAAUCUGCAGCUGGUUAUUGUGACGACAGGCAUGAUGUUGACCCUUAUCUCCCUUGUGCGCACUAAACAAGGACCAGGCUUUGUCAAAUCCCAGUCAUUAGCUCAGGGAAAUAACAGUAUCUGUACAACCAAUCAGAGCACAAACAUACCUGGAGACUCCGACCCCUGCAAAGGAAUCAGCCAAUCAAAUGGGGAAAAGGAAGGAAAGAAGAAGUUAUGCCCUGUGUGCCGACAGGUGCGCCCACCAAGGGCAGGCCACUGCAGGAUCUGUGGGGCAUGUGUCCUUCGAAUGGACCACCACUGUGUUUGGAUAAACAGCUGUGUAGGUCAGGCCAAUCACAGGCAGUUCAUUUUGACGCUCUUUCUUUUCCUGGUGACAUCGUUCUACGGGAUCAGUUUGGUGUUACGGAGUGUAUGUCCACAACAGAGUCUAUUCACAGCCAUGUUAUACUGCCCUGGAGUCUAUAACCAGUACAGCACAGCGCUGUGCUUUACGUGUGUGUGGUACAGCUUUAUCAUAACAGGCGGUCUGCUCCACCUGUUCAUCCUUCAGAUCAUCAAUGUCAGUUACAACAUAACAGAACGCGAAGCUCAGAUUGCUUUGCGCAACAAAACUGGCAGACGGCGCUUCUGUGGCCUGGUUGUGGACACUGGCAUGUAUUCGCGAGGCUUCCUCCAGAACUGGAUUCAGUUUCUCACAAUGAACACGGAUGAGAACGGUUCCCCUUUCACCUUCACAGUCAUGGUAUGACUCAAGGGACUAUAGACAUGAUCCUGGGUGGAAUUUAAACUAUAAUUAUACAAGAUCUUAAACAACUAAGCGUCUGGUUAGGUCUAAAGAGUCGGUUGACACAUUCACCUUGUUUUCAUCUGGUAGAAUGGUUGUUUUGUUAAUUAUGGACAGUAUGGAACUGGCCAGAAGCUAAGCAGGAACUUCAAGGCAGUCGAUUUAAAUUGGUGAGCAAAGGUAUUUUUAAUAUUUUUAUUCCAGUGAUCAUCUGUAUGGACAUAUUGAAUUGGGUUCAAUGUAAUAUGUGAACACAACCAUGUUUUCAUGAAAUAUAACAAAACUCUGCAACUUUAUGGCAUAAAUAACCGAUCUGUAUGAAUGAAACAUGCUUACGUGAUCAGACAUAAGUGUGCAACUUUGUAAUCUGAGUUGCAAUCAAGUGUGUGUGUUUUUAAUGACAAGUGUGUGAAAUAUUAAGAAAACUUGAUCUGAUGAUAGAACUGAGAACAUAAAUGUGUCACCCUGAAAUAUUUCUGCAUUACUGCAAUUAAGAAAUGUAUUAGUGAUUAUUAGAUACAUUUAGGAUUGUACUAAAUAUUUUAAAGGGAUAGUUCACCUGAAUUGUUUUUUUGAACAUGAAACAUGUUGUUUCAAAGGUCUCUUAAUAUUUCAUAACUAUCAGUUAGGACAGGGACGUUGAAUAGGAAGAGACAGUGUACAGUUCUUUUUUUUCUAGAAUUUUCAUUUUUAGGGUGAACUAUCCCUUUACAUCUGAAAAGAUUACUUGAGAAGUUGUAUCAGCCUGCCAAAUGCUAAUAAAACAAAAACAAAAUAUAUACAUUUUUCACCAAAUGUAUAAAUCCUUGUAAUUGUAAAUAUGCUGCUACCUUUGUAGUGUACCCUCUCAAGACAAAUGAUGUUGUACACUCUCCUGUAAUUACAGGUGUUCACUGAAGUAUACUUUACAGUUCUGUUCCAAAAAUGUACAUUGUUAUUAAAACCACUGAACUAUAAAAAGCUUAACAAGAUGUUUUGGUGUCUAUCCAAAGAUCUUCAUCAGUUGUAAAAACAGGAAGUAACUUUGGCAAAUAUAUCCACAAAAGUCACAUGAUCAACAGACCUAUAAAGGUCAUAUGACAUAUGAAAUGUGUAACACACACUCCACCCAUUAGAACAAAAACUGGGUGUGAUUUGCACCUUGCAACAUCGGGCAGAGAGUAAAACCACGUUUCUAGAGGCCAGAGAACGAGAGAAUAAUCACAUAAAGCAAGCAUUAAAGAAAUGUGGUUA